UCCUCUCUCUAUUCGAAAGUUAAAAUCCUCUUUUAACCGCCGCUCCUCCUCCACCACCAUCCACGGCUUGCCGAGGCGGUCAUAUCCUGCUCCGUCAUGGCAGCCGAGUAACACCACUCUAAUUUUGUUGACUUCUCCAAUUUUGUUGAAGGAGAUGGAGGAGUCAAAUCAUCAAGAGUUAAUAACGUCGUCGUUGUCGUCUUCCUCUUCUUUCGAGUCUGAAAUGGAGGAUCUUCGACGCUUAGAAAAUGCUCCACCGUUCUUGAAAAAUCCUAAGGCAAAGAGAUUAUCAAAGCAGCUCUCCAUGUUAGAGACUCCUCGCGAUAUUGCAUGGGAGAAAAGGCGAGGUCAGAUUUUCAUGCAAGAGCGGAAGAAAAACGGCAUUAACGACUCUGACGAAUUGACAGACGAGGAUUUGAGCGAGCUAAAAGGGUGCAUAGAACUCGGGUUCGGGUUCAAUGAAGAACAAGGACAAAAGCUAUGCAACACAUUGCCCGCCCUUGACCUUUAUUUUGCUGUGAACCGCAAUCUUUCAAUGAGCCCGGUAUUGAGUCCAAGCAGUACCGAGUCAGCACCCGCUCUUGGCGGCCGGUCUACGUCGUUUGAGAGCGACUCUGCUGAUUCAUGGAAGAUUUGCAGUCCUGGUGAUGAUCCUCAACAUGUGAAGACAAAGUUGAGGCAUUGGGCACAAGCUGUGGCAUGUUCAGUGAGGCAAUCCUCUUGAAGGAUAUCUAUGUUGCACGGAAAUGAGAAUCGAAAAAUCAAUGUGACAAAAACGCCAGAGAUUGUUCUUGUUUUGGUUUAUCUUUAUUUUUAUGUAUUGAGGCAUAACACAAGAAACUUCUGGAAUUUUCUUAAUUAGAGGACUUGGCAGUUGGCACACAAAAGUCUUGAACUUUUGCAAAAUCCAAGUCCAAAGUGUAGCUUCGGAAUAAGUUUUGGUCAAUCUCAAAACUUAUGUAGAAGAUCUUUAGACCAUUAUUUAGAUUUUCACCUUCCCCCUUUUUUCUAAACACAUCUAUGUUGACAUCUUUGUAA